CUCCGACCGAAUUUUCUAACCAAAGUGAGUCUGGUUCGAAAAGACUGCUUCAAUGAAGCCAAAACUAUCCAAUAACUCGAAAUUGACUACUCUUUUCUUUUGUCUCUGUUGUUGAUUCGCAAAGGCGAAGAUUAUCCAUCUUCUCAGUUACUCCUACUGGAACCAAAAGCUCAGAACCUUAAAACAUGGAGUCUCUAUCUCUUCCCGUUCUAAAUCCUCUGUUAGCUUCUGGUUCUAAUCUUUUUAGAAACCAGCACUCGAGGAUGACCUCUUCAAUGGUAUCUUCACUUAAAUCCCCCAUUGGAGGCACAUCGCUCUCCACUGUUCGUCGCUUUGGAGUAGGUGUUGUUAGGAUGCAAGCUGUUGAUGAAGAUAUUGAUUUGAAGCAAAUGAGAGACAUAGCUGCUGCUAAAAAGCGUUGGGAUGGUUUGUUAAGGGAAGGAAAAGUGAAGCUUCUUACACCAAGAGAAGCAGGCUAUGCUAUUUCUCUUUCAAACAAACCUCUCCUUGAUGUUCGUCCCUCUAGCGAGCGCAACAAGGCAUGGAUUAAAGGCUCCACUUGGGUUCCUAUCUUCGACAAUGAUGACAACCUUGACGCUGGAACUCUUUCCAAAAAAGUCACUAGUUUUGCUAUGGGGGGAUGGUGGAGUGGAGCACCUACACUAUCUUUUAAUAGGCUCUUCUUGUCAAAGGUUGAGGAGAAAUUCCCAAAAGACUCAGAGCUGAUUGUUGCUUGCCAAAAAGGAUUGAGAUCCUUAGCUGCUUGCGAGCUACUAUAUAAUGCAGGGUAUGAGAAUCUGUUCUGGGUACAAGGUGGUUUAGAAUCUGCUCAAGACGAGGAUCUAGUGACAGAAGGUGUCCAACCCUUGAAGCUUGCUGGUAUUGGAGGUUUUUCAGAGUUCCUCGGUUGGACAGACCAGCAAAGAGCUCAAGCUGCGAAAGAAGGUUGGGGGUACCGUUUGGUAUAUACUGCUCGUCUGUUUGGAGUUGUUCUGGCUGCUGAUGCUUUGUUCGUUGGGGCUCAGCAACUAGGCCAUUAUAUUCAGGAGUUAAGAGGCCAUUAGGAUCUCUCUUUAACCACGCUCCAAGUGGCUAUAUUUCUCUUCAACAAAAAAAAAUUGAAAAGUUUUGGAAGGUAGAGUAGUUGAAAUAGAUCAAAAAUACAUCUUUGAAUCCUGAAAUUCCAAUGGCAAACUUACCCUUUGCUUUAUACCAAGAUCCGUAUUAUCCAAAGAAUAAUUUGCUUAUAUAAAAAAGAAAAUUCGUUGACGAAAAAAAAAAGAAAAAAAAAAGAAAAAAAGAAAAGAAAAUUCGGCUUAAACUUCUAGUAGACAAAGUUAAAUAAUCUAGGACAAAAAUUGCGACUAUUCGAGUUUGGUCCGAAAUCGUAAGUAAGAGAGUUUGGUCGGGACGAAAAAAAGAAGAAGAGAGUUUGGUCCGAAAAAAAAGUUAAUUAGAGAGUGGAAUAUUCGACCCGCGGAAAAAAAAAUCUUUAUCCAAUUUAAAUGCGUGUCGUUUUACUAGAAAU